UAUUAAUUACAACAGAAAUAUUUUCUUUUUUAUGAUUUCACCUCAAGAAAUUAAUAAAACUGUUUACUCUCUUACAAACACUUAUAAAGAAUUCUUUUGGCCUCUGUGUCGCAGUUUCAAGUAGGAAGUAACACGCACCGCAAUUCCGGUUGUGCUAAUUUAAGUAGCACAGCAGAGAAAUAGAAGCAACCAACCAAGUACCCGGUUUGUCCUGCAGGUGCAAUAAAAUGUUAUAAUUUAUAAGAUGGUGGGACACUUGGGGUAAGAUAUCUUCCCCUCCUCAAAGUACUCUCAUGGUUUAGGACGUUUUAUUGCUUCACUUUAGCAGAAGAAUUCUCAACAAAGUUGUCUGGCACAGUUGUGAUUGUGACAGACUUUGCUUUUUUUUUUGGGUGACGAUUGCUAUAAUUUAUUGAAUGAAUCGUUUGGUUCGAAAGAAAUAUUAUUGUACAAUGAAUGCGAUUGUUUUUUAAUUAGCUCUUUCAAUAAUUCAUUGAAAUAAAUAUUUCCAUGUUAUUUAUAUUUAGUAAUGAUAGGCUUUUCGCCGUAAUGAAAAAUUAAUUAAUAUUUAAUUUUUUUUAUUUUCAGGUAAGUCUUUAUAUUCACACUGUUCGAUGCACUCUGAUUAUUUACAUACUGUAAGUAUUUUUUUGUGUAAUACUAAUAUGCAAAUUUUAUUUCAAAAAGUUCGAUGUUUUUUGUCAAUUUUUAAUUUAUAAAAUAUCUCUUAAACUUUAUAUAGGUCUUAUAAAAAUAUUAAUUAACAAUUUAUUAAAUUCAACUGAUGACACAGUCCAAUAAACUGUGGUAACUAAACUAAACAAAUUUAUGAAACGAAAUUUGUUUGAGUUUCAUUAAGCAAAAAAACCUACAUUUACUGGUUAAAACAUUACUUAGAAUUGAGUAAAGUAAGAACGAAACAAUGCACUCGGAAUGGGUCAUAUCGAGUGUGAAGUAAUGGAAAACAGGUGAGUGUAGAAAUUGGGUGACGUACUGCCAAGACCGGGAGUGGGCCAGUGGGUCGAUUUUUGGGAAAUCCUGCUUUACUCAUUCUCCAUUCUCGCUCCAUUAUAUGCCAGCAAAGAGCAGAAGAGAGUUCCGUUUUCCCCCCCGGUGAGGAGUAACACCGAGCGCUCGGCAUCACAGCUGGUACCAUGAGUUACCUUUCAAUGGGGUAACUCAUUUUCUUAACAGACAGACCGGAAAAUCAGCGACCGGUUUUUGAGCGUAUAUUGCAGCGAUUGAUGGGAGGGAAACCCGAAUGACGACUAGUGACGAAGAGUUCUUACAGGUGUCAGCAUCGGUAGUUGAACCUUUAUGACGUCAAACGAUGUUUUCCAUUUUGUGGAUGAGCUAAAUCGUGGUUUGGAUAAUACUAGACAGUAUGGAAUGCAUUUAGAGAUUACAAUGCAACGAGUUCGAUUGUAACCGAUUUUUAAUAGUAUUUAAGUUUCAAAUGGUUGUAGAAAGUAUAAUUUAAAUCUUAAAAAUAAAUUCUUUAAUUACAAAAAAACAUAUUUCAUUACAAAAAUUGCGAUUUAUCAAUCCCUAAAUUGAUCUUUACACGAAUUUAAAUUUACAGUAUUUUGCUAUAUUUGCUUCUAAUUCUUUUGGAUAAAAGAAUUCUUUUGGAUAAUCGUUCGUUUGUCGUGGAGACAGUAGUUAACCUGCACAACUGCUAAUUCCCCUUUUGCUAAGCUCCGUUCCGGGAAGAACAUACAUAAGCACCGGAAGCAACAGGGCACACAUUAAUAUUCUUGCAUUAUUUAUUCAUCGAAACUGCACCUUUCGUUCGGGAGUCUCAUGCCACUCGCUACCACUCAGACACGAACAAGGAUUAUUCUAACCUGAGAGUUCCCCCCUCCCCGACGACUGAGUACCAGCAGUUGAGCAGUUAAAAACCACAAAAAACGGGGAAACUGAGUACCGGUGUUCCCAGUUUGUUCCAGUGCCCUCGUCCCAAUCGUCAACAGUUGGUCGCAAGCAUUCAACCACGAUCAUGCGGGUCCGGGAUCCGGUUUGACGCGCGCUCUGCACACCAUUUGCUACUAACUGUGGCUGUGCAAUAUUGUCCAUCGGUGGCCAUCGUAGGGGCGCACCAUCGUACACCAACAUAAAACAUCGCCACGAGGACGUUUUUUUUUGGUUUUCUGGCGAAGAUACCGAAAGCAACGAAAACAUUUCGAUUGUAAUAUUGGAAAAAGUCGCCCCAAAAACGAGGCAGUGCAGUGAAUAGAAGUGUGCAGAUUGGAUCGGGGUUUGUUUGCAGUGUGAAUGUUGUGCAAGAAUAAUUGUUUUGCCUUCAUGUGCUUUCGGCAAACAGUGGCUUCAGUGAAAUUGAAUCAGCUCAACUGAGAAAAGUUUUGUGCGGUCAUUUUAGUGUAAUUUCGUUUUCCUUUUUUUAAAGUUGUGUUUGAAUUAUCUGAAGUACAUCCAGUUAUGUCAAGCAUUCACUACUCAACUGUUACCAUAAUCAUCGAUCGAAAGUUUUGCGGUAAACAACGUCAUAAAACAUGAGGAAGAAAAAGCGUAUAAAUCAUAUCCAUGGUAGAAUAUUGCUUCUACUCGAACGAAAUCGUUUGUGUGUGAGUGUGUCGGCUGCAUAAGUAUACACAGUUCUACCACCUAGUUCUAUAGUUCCAUACAAGUCUACUUUAGAGCCCGCCGUUACACGUGCGUUGAUUUACGUUUGAUUACGAGCGCUGCUUUGUGUGUAACCCGACGACCAUGGCUGUGCGGUAGGCUUCUUAGCCUUUUACGAAAUAUUGUGCGUGACGUGCAGGAAGUAAAACCCAUCUUUGCUUCCCUUGGUGCCCACCGUACCUACCAUCUUGUUCAGCCCUUCUUUCCUGAGGGACAAACUCCAGGAAAGGAAAUCAAUACGAACAUCGAUGUCGUUACGCAUUUCCUGCCCUUGUGUGAAGCAAAACUCAAACUUCGAAGAAUAGUUGAAUUGAGACUGGAAGUAAAAGGGGGAAGGCAACAAGAAGUUAACUAUUGCCCUGAGAAAUCUGAUCGUCAAAAGGUUUUUCGAAAAUGCAGUGUGCGUGAAAGCGUGUUACAGUAGUAAUCAGACGGGGCGAGAAAAAAUAAAAGUUUUCCAUUCAAAUCUCGUUCCCUUCCUGUUGGGAGUUCCUUGCUUUCCAAACUUGCUCUUUUGAUUGCGCCAUUUUUUUUCUUUUUGCUUCUCGUGUAGCGUUAUGGCUUAUUCUCAAAAGUCCCUAACAAUGAAGACUGCAGGAGUUGUAGAAUUUUUGAUGGAAUUUCCACCGAAUCAAUGGUAACGCAUUUGUUGAUUUUUGCAUAAAAGCAAAGAGAGUUAACCGUUUUCUUUUUUACCGCGAAAUCUGUUCGUGUUCGAUGGCUGACUUGUAUGGCAUGACUGUGAAUUGAUCGUGGGAAAAUUCGCCUGAACAACGAUUAGCCCUAGGUAGUAGGGUGGAAUAACUAGGGUGGAAUGCAAAUGCAUCCUACGAUCAGCCAUUUCAGAACUCGAAGUUAUCGUUCCGGUUUCGAAACAACGAAACAGUGAACGUUGAUUGGUGGACAUCAGUACAAAAAAACCCUCAACCAAGUCACCAAGAACAACGGCAAAGGAUAGCGUAUGUCCGUAUGUGUAAUUUGCCCGAUAUUAAGUGAAUCGAUCGCACGUGCUGCGGUAGUGCAUGUAUGCAAAUAAGUGCAAAUUUUCUGUGUGUACUGCGAAUGUAUCGCGAAAGAACCAUAUGCUGACGAGGGAGGUUUUCCUACGUAGAGAUCAAAUUUCCAUACAGACGCACGCGGAAAAGGUGCCCCCUUACUGUCUAGGUGCGAUUCCAAGAAACGACGAUUUUGUAGCCAUUGUUGCCACCCUCACAAAGUGUACCACCGAAUACAGGAAGUGUUGGAAACACUGAAGGAAGAAAAAACACAGCUCGUACCCUUUCGAAACAAAACCAAAAAAAAAUGGACAAAAGCUAACGAGAUGGAAAGCAAACAGUGAGAUCGUUUGUUUUUUCGUGUGUGUGCGUGUGUGCGUACUGUUUCUCUUCUGCUUUUGUUCGAUUCGUGUGGGUGUGUGUGUGUGUGUGUGUGCGUAUGUCCAUGAAACACAAACGAAAUGAAGAGUUAAGGGAUGGCUUACAUACGGUGCGCCAAAACCCGGCGUAACGGCGUGAUAUGAUGCAGUUUGCAGUUGCAGUCAAUAGCGCGGUGUGGUGCUGUGGUAAUGUGUGGUGUGUGUUUUUUUUUGUUUUGCUUUCGCAGGGUCAUCGAUUGAAUAAUGUAGCGCAAUGUAGGAAAAUAUGUGCUCAAGGCAGAAGCCGUGCGACGGUUCCGUUUGUGUUGUUGGGAAAAAUGGAAAAUUGUUUGUAAAAUAUUCUGCUCCAGAAACGACGACUAUGACGAAUAGUGGAAACAGUAUGUGCACCGCGCGGGGGUUUUUUUUCACUAAGGCGAGUAACGAAUGCAAUUGAAAGUGGGUUAAAAGGUUGCGCGUGUGAUUAAGCAAGGUUCGGACCGGGGCGAAAGAAAUGCCACAAGACCGCAAAGGCAAAAGCGAGCCAUUAAUUUGUUUCUCGUCCGUGUGUGUGUGAGCGCGGGUUAAGUAGAUUGCAAUAGAAAGCAAAAAGCACGAAAGUGGAACAUCCCACGCCCGGGAAAGACAUCGUGAAUCGUGAGCAAGAUCGUGCUGAUUGGUCUUGAAUGUGGAAAAGCGCCGGGAAGCGUGUGAAAGCAAAUUAAGAAAAUUGGAACGGGAAUUGUGCUUUUUCGGUAGCGUUAGUGAGGUUGGCACUUUGGUUGAGUUUUCCGUAGCACAAAUCUUCCAUCCACAGUCAACGUUAGAAGCAUCAUCGUUCUCGGUCGUUCGUGGUGUGACAGUUUUUGGGUGCUUGAGUAUAGAAUUUAUCACCCAUCACAUACGAGCACGUACGUCAUUCGCAUUCGGUUUCGCCGUUGUAAUUACAGCAACCCAACCCCAAGUGCGCGCAAAGUGUUCGACGAGUGCGUGAAAUGAGCCCUCUGUAAAUAGUGUGCAUUAGCGAGCCCGUUUCCAGGAAUAAUGUUGACAGUGUUAUUAGCUGCAACCGUAGUGCAACAGGAAGCUGAAGAAGUUGAAACUGAAGUUACGAGGAACGCUAAACAGACCUUAGGGCAGGGAAGGAUUUUUCGACCGCAAGAUACGUGGCCUGUGCAGUGGGUGAACCGGUUGCCGUUAGUUUGCUCGGGUGCAUAUCUUGCCGACCGUUGGCUAACAGAGGCGAUCCGUUUGCUGCAGCACAACCGUACGUGAGCGAUCGCGUGCCAUGCUGGAUCGGGGUGCCACGAUCGAUCGGCCGAUUCGCGGCUAGCAACCCGCAUCCGGCGCAUCCCGCAGAACGAUACCGCCAAAUGUUGUCGGUCGUGCUGAGUGCAACCACCACGAUAACAAUGAACAGAGGCGAGCAGGAGAAUCUCUACCGGCAGUCACGCAAUCUACGGCUGCAGCAGCAGGAAGCGAAAGCGCAGCAACUACAGCAGCAGCACCAGCAUCAACAGCUGCAGCACCAGCAACACCAGCAACUCGGCAAGCGCCACUACUCGUACGGGAAUAUACAUCAGUUCAGCGGAGCCACCGUGGCACUGCCACCGAUCAUGAUUGCCGGCGGGCUCGGUUCGUUCGCGAUGGACGACCAGCAGCUGCAUCAGCCGGGCGGGCCGGCCCACGACGAUCUCGUGCUGAGCGUACUCAAGUCACCGGUGAAGGAGACGACGAACCUGCUGGCCGGUAGCCGUUCGGCCAUUUCGGCCAGUCCGAGUGCGGGAAGCAACGGGAUUACGAUGGGCGGCGGUGGUUCGACACAAACCCAAACGCCCAGUCCGUGUGCAACCGGCGGUAUGUCCGGUGGGGGCGGUGGUAUGAUCAGCUACCGGACGCUUCAGGGUUCGGAGGAUGAUCUGGUUGACGAUGUGGAGUCGGCCAUCGAAACGACUGAGCUGAAUGCUGGCGAUCCGCAUAAGGCACCGCUCCAUCCGGGCACAUCAUGUUCCUCCUCGUCCCCGCGUGCCCUUAAGUUUCUGCGCCGAUUUCGGCCGGGAAAGCAGGCGCGUGCCUUCGAACCGCACCACAAACGUGUACCGACCCCGAUGAGGCGCAAAAACCGAAGUCGAUCGCGUUCACGAUCGAACGACAUACUCGACGGGGUUAGUGCAAGCCAGGGCAAUAUUGUGGUCGAUGAUGAUGACGAUGAUGUCGACAUGGAUGACGAUGUGAACGAGCUACCAGGCGUCUCCAUCGGUUUACAUCAUCAUGGUGUUGGGGGUGGCGGAGGUGGUGGGGGUGGUGGUGAGACGGGUGGUGCGGCAUCGAGUGGUACGGGGAAGAAUCUGGGUGUGCCCAAUCCGUACUAUCCGAUCGCGCUUCCGAUCGACCAAGCAUUUAAAGCCAAAUACGUUUUCCAUCAUCGGCGCGGGAAAACCGUACAGGAGCGGUUUUACGUCUUUCUCGAACAUCCUGGCGGUUGGCUGUGUUUUGUAUAUCACUUUUCAGUAUUUCUGCUUGUUUUAGUGUGUCUGAUAUUUAGCGUAUUAUCGACGAUAGACGAGUACAGUAAGUUCGCGAACGAGACCUUAUUCUGGAUGGAGAUAUGUCUGGUGGUAUUCUUCGGUGUCGAGUACCUGGUCCGGCUCUGGUCCGCCGGCUGUCGGUCAAAGUACAUGGGUUUCUGUGGCCGGUUACGCUUUAUCCGCAAACCAAUCUGUAUUAUAGAUCUUAUUGUAGUCGUAGCGUCUAUGGUUGUGCUGUCCGUCGGCUCAAAUGGUCAGGUGUUUGCAACGAGUGCCAUCCGAGGUAUCCGCUUCCUGCAGAUCCUUCGCAUGCUGCACGUAGACCGGCAGGGUGGCACCUGGAGACUGCUCGGUUCGGUCGUGUUUAUCCAUCGACAGGAGCUGAUUACCACACUGUACAUCGGUUUCCUGGGGCUUAUCUUCAGCUCGUACUUCGUGUAUCUGGCCGAAAAGGAUGUGCUCGGACCGGACGGUAAGGCGGACUUUGCCAGCUAUGCCGAUGCGCUCUGGUGGGGUGUCAUCACCGUCACGACGAUCGGGUACGGUGAUACGGUACCGCAAACCUGGAUGGGCAAGAUCGUUGCCUCCUGCUUUAGUGUGUUCGCAAUCUCGUUCUUCGCACUGCCGGCCGGUAUCCUGGGAUCCGGAUUCGCCUUAAAAGUACAACAGAAGCAGCGCCAAAAGCAUUUUAACCGGCAGAUACCGGCCGCCGCCAUGCUGAUACAGUGCCUCUGGCGCUGUUAUGCCGCCGACAAGAGCUUCCACAGUGACGCCACCUGGCAGAUCUACGUCAAGUCGAACGACAACGGCAACAACAACGGCAACAGCAGCACAGCCCUUCCAUCGCAGUUGGGCAAAACCCUAAUGGUGCAGGUGGCGCGACGUGGUGCAUCGGUGCUGAAACGGCGCAAAUCCCGGAACCGCAUGGAGGCGCCCCAGAUGAAACCACCGCCGAGUGCUGGCCCCGGAUCGGGUCCAACGUCGGCUGGUGCCGCAUCGACGACGGCAGGUGCAAAUGCUUCCGGUGUGAGUUGUGCUUCCGCGUCCGGUGGUGGUGGCGCGAGUGGGAGCCAGGGGACGGCAAUCGCUCAAACGGCCGUCGGUGGCACGCAAGAGGGAGGACCCCUUGGGACACCCAACACACCGGGUGGCGCGACUAGCGGGGGUGGUGCGGCGGGCGAUCUGACGAAAAGUGAAUCCGAUGGUGAUGUUGUUUUCUACAUGGAAGAACCACGAUCAGCAGGUACUCCGCUACGGACGCGUCGAAACGAUCCGAACCGGGGUGUAUUCGUUAGCCAAAACAGUUCCGUCACGGAAGCACCGAGCGAUGAAGUGGAAGCCGAACCAGAACCGGAUGACGAACCGGAACCGGCCCGUGUCACGCAAUUGACGGAAGCGCACCGGAAUGCGAUACGUGCGAUCCGGAAGAUCAAAUACUUUGUCGCACGGCGUAAGUUUCAGCAGGCGCGCAAACCGUACGACGUGCGGGACGUGAUCGAGCAGUACUCGCAGGGCCAUCUGAACAUGAUGGUGCGCAUCAAGGAGCUGCAGCGCCGGCUAGACCAAACGCUCGGCAAACCGGGCAGCUAUCUGGCCGGUAUUGAUCGGGUCGGCAACAUUAAGCCGAUGACGGUCGGCGCUCGGCUGUACCGUGUCGAGCAGCAACUAUCUGUGAUGGAUAAGAAAUUGGAUCAAUUAACGCACGCCAUCAACUCGAUGACGAUGCAGCAGAAGAUGAUAUUACCGCCGAUGCAACCGUACCAGGCGCAUCCGCUCCACCAGCAAACGCAUCCGAUGCCACCGUCGGUAUCCGCCGGUGUCCAUCCGCUACAUUCGCCGGCGACGCUCGGUGCGAUCGUGCAACAUCAGCAGCAGCUACAGCAGCAACAGCAGCAAAUUUCUCCGCUCCAGUUGCCUGCUGCCCCGUCACAAGCUUCCUCACCCUCGCUCGCUAUGAAAAGCCUCGAGGACGAUGUAUAAUAUUUAAUCUAAGCUCGCUCUCUCUCUCUGUCUGUCUCACACUCCGAGCUCGGUUUCGGAAGAAUGGGAAUUGGGGGACGGGAUGCGAGUAGUGAUCGUGUGAAUGUGAGGAGCGGAGAGGAAAUGGGAACAGCUGUGUUCAAAACAAUACACAUAAGAAGCAAGGCAAUUAAUGGACCACAGCAUUGGUACAGUGUGUGAAAACGGGACGGCUACAUUAGCCAAAGAGUGCAAAACGAAUGAAGAGCUGGAUGUAGGAUAUAUUAAGCGAGAUCUUACAGAAAUGAUGCACAAUAUUGACGGUUUUUCUUUCAAACGAUCCUCCCAGUUCUAUAAGGCGAAAGUGCACGAAAGGGAACGAAAAGGAAACACUCUGAUAAAAUAAAACACUUAAAAGACCCACUGAAUCCUGCUAUAUUGCACCUCUUCCAGCAACAUACUGCAGCGAAAUAAUGCGAACAUUGUUUUUUUUUUUUUAUUUUAAUAUUUUUAGAACACACACUCAUUUUUACACGAGCCUAUAAAAGAAAAAAGUGUAACUAAAAAAUCACACAACAAAAGCUAAGAGGUAUUUAUGAAAGUGAAAAUUUAAAACAUGUAAGACAACAAACAUACAAGCGGUAGCAAGUGUUACACUUAAAUCAAGCAAAAACAAAAGAACGAAACAUCGAAAAGUACACGAGAUGCAAAGGAAAAAAAAGGAUGUCAAAAUGACGCUUGUACUAAGUAUGUUUCGUUUUUAGUACAAGCGAUCGAACUACUGCUGUUUUUGCGCUUGUCGAUCCUACUACACUAGCGUACACAUACAUAAACUCACACACACACGCGUGCACGCUGUAAAAAAACCCUGUUUCUAUCGGGCUAGUGUGUUCCCGCCUACCAAAAAAAAACGUAAUCUUAAGAGGACAUGAGACUGUGAUAGUGAGUUCCGCUGGUUGGAAGGUGUGUAAAUUUGUGCGCAACGUCCAACUCGGCAAACGUGUAUCGGCGUACUGUAUUGUGAGUAGUGGUCGACCCCGAAAAUAUGUGUCCUAGUUGCUUGAGAGAGAGAAAGAGAGAGAACGAAAGCGAGCGACAGAGAGCGUCACAUAUUUGUGUGGAUUUGUGGUUUUUGUUUUAGCACUUUUAUUUAACAGUCUUUUUCUUUUUAGUACUAAAUAUUGUUCCCUUGAUGUUUACGUUGCCUUUUCUUUUAACGUUUGCAUGUGUAGAAUGUUUGGAUUCCUUUUCGAUGGUGAACUGGUAACGAUAUUGCACCGUUAAACGUUCAUCUAUUAUCCUUCGAAAUAUAAAAACACAUCGGCGGUUCGCGAACACACUGAAAACACGUGCGGUAUGUGUGAAAAUGUCUCCAGAAAGGACGCUAUUACAGUAAGGAGUUGUUCAUACGCAAAGCACGUGAAAAAAUAAAGCAAAACUACACAAGAAGCAAAGCAAAGCAAGCAGCAGAAGCAAAACAAAGAAUUGUAAAGCAAUAACUAACGCAACUCAAAUGCCUCGAAACUAUUUUUGAACAAUGUGGUAAUGUCGGGCAGGUGUUCCUAUUUGCACCACACUUUAGUUUUCCGCGUUUUUCACUCUAUUUUUUAUUUUUUAGUGCUUACUUCGGCAGCUUUCCACGAAUGGAGCGAAUUGUUAUAAGUGCAAAUAAGUUACGUUAAAAAAAAUGUGUGUGUGUUUUUUGCUUCUGUUUCAAUCUAAAAGCUUACUGAUUCAAUGCGACAGUAACAUGGCCUUCGAGGGAAAAGCAAAAAGACAAAACUUCGAUCAGGGAUGGCCAUUAGAAUGUGGAAUCUGUUUUUGUACCUGUUACAGAAAUAUGCAAAAAAGUUUUCAUAUUCUUGCGGUCAUCCUUGAGCGUACGCUUCAGCAUUCAACAUGGUAGAAGUGCAGGAUUUUAUUGUUUCGUUUUCCCGUAGAUUUGCAUACAUUUGGCUUGCUGUGCCAUCUCAAACACAACAUCGUUCAAAUGGGAAAAUGGUAGCUUUUAUUAUUAUUUUCUUUCAUUCUUUUUUGACAUCCGUUUCGUGCCUUUUAAAAUAUUCUCCUUCCACGCACGCGCUAUCUGAGACAUGAUUUAAUGUCUGGCUUAGCUUACAAUCACAAAAUCAACCGCGUAACGAAUCAACUCAUACUUUUAACCCUGAAUGCCUACUAAAUGGAACACUAAAGCAAAACAAACCCGAAGGACAAUGAAUAUCGAACGUCAAAUACGCACAAAACUUCGAGUGCACGUGUCCAAAUGCUGGGAGUAUGGAAAGCAUGUCAACAACAAAGCAAAAAUACAUCAUCAAAACCGAAAUAAAAUAAAAUCACACACAAAAGCAUCAAUAUGUACAGCAAACAUUUAGAAAAAAAAAUACUAAACUCCAUUUUCAAAUCGCUAAGUAUAAACCGAAUCACCACUAGCCGCUUGGAAAACUUUUAUUCAUUUUUGUAGUACUUUUUAUAUGCCAAAAACAGGUGUGAAUGGAAGACACAAUACACAAUACUAGCUAAAACCAAAAGCAUACACUACCCUUCUUAGUGUACGUGGUGAACGCAGCUGGUUCUAGAUUUGAAAACGGUUUUUAAAAAAUAUGCGCAACAAAUUACUAGCGAAAUGCGUCUUCAUCAUGUAAAUAACUUUUAGAACAAACUGAUCGCAUAACGCGUAAUGUACGGUUGAAAUGUGUUGGUGUCUCGUUUUUAGUUCAUUUUAAAUGUUUGCAUUAUUUUCGUCUCAUUCUAUCGAUAACCAAAAAAGGCGGAGCAGGAGGAAGAAAAAAAACGAAACUAAUAUCGGCUUAAUGUAAGUACAAGUAAGAAGUUUAUUUAAAUCAAUUUCAAAGCCGCUCUAUAAUUAAGAUGCUAGCUAAAUGAUGCAAAACAAUUGUAUAAUACGAAAAUGGAAAAAAGAAAACCCAACACUCAACACUCAGUAAAUAUUCGAAGAAAGAAAUAAAAAUACUACUGAAAGUGAUAACAAAUAUAAACAUAAUUUAAAACACGUUUAAGCUAUUAGUAAACUUUGCGUAUUCUGCACAGGUGAAAAAAGGUAAAACUCACAGAUUUAAACAUACAACCGUCGAAUGCAGCACUUAAGUAAGAUUACUUAGAGCAAAUGAAGGUGUAGUAAUAGUGGUAAAAGAGGUACAUUAAACCGUUAAACCGUUCUUACUGUGAUUAUUGUGACGAAAACGGAAGAGUAAAACGUAUCUUAGUACACUCAAACAUACACAAACAAUACUAAAACACACACAAAAAAGAAAACAAACAAGCGCAACAUUUGUACAGGCCAUAAAAAAGUGCGUAUUCGCAACAAAAAACACAAAAAGCAUAAUGAAUAUUAGCAAUGCUCUCUCCAUCUCUCUCGAUCGAAUUAAAGAAGAACUGGAAAGAAGAAAACUAAUGUAGUCAAGUGCAUGAAAGUGUAUGAAGUGUAUGAAAGAGAACAAAAACCAAAUACAGUGAAACAUCGUUUAUCCGUGGUACACCCGACCUUUGCCGGAUGAGCGGAAAAUACGGAUAAUACGGAUUUAUCUACUAUUUUGCGGAUAAAUAUUAGUAUAUUUUCGGAAGGAAAAGGUGGAAAUUUAUAAUUAAAUAGUAUGUUUUUUUUAAAUUAUUUUUUUAAAUUGCAUUUCAGCAUAUUGUAUUGCAGUCUUUUGCUUUUUUCCGUCAUUAGUUUUUUUCAGUUAAUAUGGACAAAUCGCUUUUCAAGUUGUCAUUUUCUUUGCAGCAAGAAUAAUCCGACAUCCGGUUUAAAAGAACGCCCGGAGUAAACGGUGUUCCACUGUAUUAGUUUCUCUCUGCCAAUAGCGAUAAAAGGAAAGUUAAAGUAAACGCUAAACUCUAAACAAGUCACAGACGAUAGUGUACAUACCCUUUUUAAAACAAUAAUUCUCCCGCAAUUUGCGACCGCAGCACGAAGUGAAACAUUAUAGUAAAGAAAAUUAUAUUUCGUUGUUUUUCUCCCCUACAAACAAAAAAAAAAGACCAAUUCGAACAAACGCCUCCUGUAAAUAUAAAAUUAAAAAAAAAAACAACUCUGAUUGUAUGAUAGUAGACGAAUUAUGAAAAAAAAAACCACACUCACAGACACACAUGUUGAAGAAAACUUUUAGAUAAACACUCUUGCAUAAAUGCUGAUAAUGACGCUGAAGGGUCCAAACCUGUUUGCCUCUACGAAAAAACCAUUAAAAGAAUACUAAUUUAAAACAAAAUGAAACAAAACAACAACAAGAAAAAAGUUACAAAAAAUCCAUUAUGUCUAAGGGGAUGGAAGAGAGGAAACCAUAAACGGAGGAAGUGACUUUUAAGCGAGAAAAAUCUUUAAAUACAAGGUGAACGAUAAACCAUUAAACAAGAUUGCGUUACAAGAAAACAAUCGUGAAUAUAUGGCGGGGGCAGGACAACCCAAAAAAAAAAUGGCUAAAACAAAUUUAACAUUUUUGUCUCACUUAUGUUUGAUUUUAUUUUUAAUUUUAAUUCUUUUGUUAGUUUGCCUGUCCUAAAUUCCUGCAUCGCAUAUAUCGAAGAUGAUUUAAUGAUCAUUCUUGUAGAAACAGUAAUUAUAAACUAUCCCCGAAUAAGUGCAAAAGUGUAAUAAUUAAAAGCAGAUGUUUAUUAACAAAUAUGCAGCCCUUUUCCCAACUCGAACAGUCCAAACCUAACCCGGACCCAAACUCUAACCCAUGGCUUUAAGCACAAGGACCAUUCUCUACCAAUAGGAAUAUCAAUAGGCCAUCAGGAACUGAGCCCAACAUAUUUUACUUCCUAACUAACGUAUCUUCUCUAUCUCAACCAAAAAAUAAAAAUAAAAACAAAACUUGCCAGCCUCACUUUGUAAAGUGUAAAAAAAAUCUUACAACAACAUUCUACAGUACCACACACACGAAAUAACAGCAUAGAAUCAACAUAUCUUUAGUACAGCGCGAACGGAUAAACACUUCUUCCCGCAACAUUGGUGAUACGUGAUUUAAAAACAAAGGGAAGAAACGAUCUGAUAAGAAUAAAACAAGCAAACAAACACUCUCUUAGUAGAAUUAACAUUUUAACAACAAAUACCCAUGGUUUCUCUUAACCUAUCGAGCUGCGAAUGAACCAAAAACCGUGUACUAAUCCAAAAACCUCUACAAAGAUGCAACUUAGUAGUAAAUACUUUUUAAACUUACCGUAAACAAUGAACCACAGAACCGAUCCCGUUCCGGCGAAAUAAAUCAACUCGUUUUGUUUCAAUAGUACAAGGUGUAGUGCAAGUGGUAAAGUUUCAACCAUUUCUAGACUAUGUUCGAGUUGAAUUAGAAUAUGUCGAGAUAAAUCUGACAUUUCCACCACUUUCUGGAAGGUUUGCAAGUAGAAAUCGAUUCUUUUCAAAGUUUCCUCAACUACGAAUGUUCCAGAAAUAGAGAAGAAUUUGGGCAAAGCCCAACACAUUCCAGUUCAACUUGAAUAGUAUCCUGACGAAGCUGCUGCGUUACCACUUGUUCCCUAAAACCCUUUACAUUUCUAUACAAAGCAAAUAAAUUAUCAAGGUAUUUCGAGUUCAGGUGAUAAAGUUGGAGCCGUUUCUAGAUUGUUUUCAAGCUAAAGUUUGGAAAUUGUUUCUGUUCCCAUCAAAAAUUUGAGAAAGGUAGAAAGAUUCUACAUCUACCUUUACAUGUUCCACUUCAACAUGGAAAGAAUCCAGAAAUGGCUGCAACUAAGCAACUGGUACUCUAAAACCUUAUACUUCUCUAUACAAAUCGAAUGCGUUAAUUAUAGAAGAAAAAAAUACACAUUUCAUCUCCAACUAACGAGAAAAUGAGUCCAACUCCUAUAAAAAUCUUAUAUCGGAUCAGUUAUAAAACAAAAACUAUAAACUGUGUAAAUUAAAAACAAAAACAUUUUUAAAUAUUGUUAAACAUUGGAAUAUUUAACGAACUUGUUAAGAAGACAAACUAACCGUAGUAGCAAGGUGAAAUAAUAUAAAGGAGAGCAAAACUUAAGCUUUCUUUCUCAAAAGUUUAAACAAAAACAAAAGAGACACAGCAAUCGUUACUGAUUUGAUAGUGUGAAGUAGACUAACUUAAGCUAGUAGCGAAACGAACAGGAUUUGUGGGGAAAGUAUGGAGCACAAUUAACUAACUAAACAAAGACACACAGAGACAGAUAGAGACACACAUGCACAUAUCUUCAAAUACACACCCAUACACACACAGCACGUACAGCAUACAAAUACAAAACAUACGCUACACUUUCAACUACAACCAACAAAAAAAAACACUUAUACCGUAGGGGCCUAUCUAUCGAAAGCGGAAAAUGAUCCAUGGGGAAAUCUUUACUGGGAAAGCUUUAGCAAACGUAAACAAAAAAAAAAGAACAAUGCGUUGACGAAUUCAUUCAACAUUCAAGUGAUAUAAGCGCGGUACACCACGAUCGAGCACGCAAUCGUGGAUCGAAUGUUGAAUCUCUUGUUUUUUCUUUUCAUUUUUACACAUUCAUAAAAAAAGUUAUUUUUAAACUUAGCUAAAAUUGUUUGUUUUGUUUUAAUAAUUAAAUGUUUUGCGAUUGUUUUUUCUUUUCACUGUCUGGUUCCUACUAGGCUAAUUCGAUUGGGAGAGUUUAAUAUAACGAACAUGUUGAAGCGCGUCUGUUAAAAAAAGAAAUUUAAUAAAGUAUCGAAUCAGAUCAUUUUAAAUUUAAAACGAAGGAAGAAUACACAAGCAGUCAACUAGUACUUAGCAGUAGUUUAGAAACAUACGAAAGAGACACACAAAAGAGAAUGCAACAAAAUGAACAAAAUGAAGGUGCAUAAACCUUUUCUUUUUUGCUCUUCUUCUCAUUCUCUCAAGCGUACAAUCAUCACUCGUUUAAGCUAUGUUGAUAGCUAUUAUUGAUAGCAACAAAUAAAAAAAAACUUUAGAUGUAAGAACGGUAAAGAUAAAAGAGUUUGUUACAAACAAUUAAUCGCUCUACUCCCAAUUUUUUGUUUCCAUCACAUGGAAUACACAAAAACUAAAAUAAAAAAAAACACACACACACACACACAAACAUUUAAAAGACAAUGAGGGCAGCAUCCAUCCGGGCGAAUCCUGGAUACAGAUUUCUAAACAAGCCUUUGUUCUAUGCGCUUUGCUCGAUUAAAAGAUAAGAAAGUAAUAAAGUAGCCUGACUUAGAUUACCGAAAGUAAAACCAAUUCUAAUGCCACGCGUAGGACAUUAGUGAACUUAAGUAGUAUAACGGCAAACACACUAAAAGUCUAUUUAUUGCAUUCGACAUGUUUGUUUGUUUUCGUUUUCUAUCUCCGAUAAAGUAGUGAUGCAGUAGUAUCGUAUUGCCGAAUGUACAUAUACACUUUCUAAUCAUUAGGGAGCGAUUUUUUCUUGCGCGAAGUACAAGAAGACAAGAGUUUUUACCCCUUUAUGCUACCGCGGUCAGUCUCGGCGAAUGAAAUGUGAACGACUUACACGGGUUUCUAUUGCUAAAAACACAAAAGAAUCACACUAAAAACAGACAAAUCUCAUCUACAUAAAAAAACACACACAGACACACCGAAGGGAGUAAGAGAAACGGGCGAAGAAAAGGAACAAAAGCGAUAGUAUUAAAUUUUGCGCCUAAUCGCUUACGAGCAAAGCAAAAUGAAGUGAAUGCAGAAAACAAAACAAAACAAAAAAAGAAUCAUACAAACAAACACGAAAGUAAUAUGUAAUGUGGGCUACAAGUUUUUAACUAUAUCCUCCUUAAAUAAAACGAAAUCAAUAAAAUCUCCAAACCACGUAACGGCGUAAACACUGAA